AAACUGGUUCUUCAGCAUCACACGUUUCGCUCUCUCCCUUGUCUUCCUCAUUCAUUCUCGCCGCUCUCUCUACGUCUCUAUUUAUUGUCUCCUCUCCAACGUCGAAGCGUGUUCAAAUCAAAUGGGGAAGAUUACGAUCAAGUCCUUCAAGGAAGAGUUCCCCUUGGACAAGCGUGUUGAAGAAUCCAAGAGCGUAAUCGUCAAAUACCCAGAUCGUGUUCCUGUGAUCAUUGAAAGAUAUUCAAGGACCGACCUGCCUGAGAUGGAAAAGAAAAAAUUUCUGGUCCCUCGGGAUAUGUCUGUUGGUCAGUUCAUCCACCUGUUAAGUAGCAGGCUGCACAUAGCUCCUGGAAAAGCCCUCUUCGUGUUCGUGAAGAAUACCUUGCCAUCGACUGCGAGCAGAAUGGAUUCGAUCUACCAGUCCUUCAGGGACGAAGAUGGGUUUCUGUACAUGUGCUAUAGCACUGAGAAGACCUUUGGCUAAUAAGAGAAACUGUGAACAUCUGUGAAUAAAAACCUGUACUUUCUGCAAUGUACAUUCCGUUUACUCAGUCACUGGUGGAAUCUGAGUUGUUGAUUCUCUCGACAUUCUCAUGUGUAAAUAUGUAACAUUCACAUGUCAAUUUGUAAAUGACUUAUGAUUCAUCAAUGAAUGGGGGAAUGCUUCUUAUUCUUA